AUGGUGGAUGCUGCUGGUCUGGCCAUUGCCGGAAUUCUUGGGAUUGUUGGAGCCGUGUGCAUCAUGCAGGCGCUGAAUCCGCACCUCCAUUGGAGUCUGUUCGUACCGAAGCAAAUCCAGAGUUGCGAGGUACAGCUUCUCCAAACGCCUCCCCUCUUUCCAUCACAAGCAGGGGCGACCCUAGAGCCCACCCAGUUGACCCAGCGUCAACACGUUUUUCUGUCUCUGUUAACCCUCCAACUCCUCACCGCCUGGCUGCUCGGCAUGUCAUUGACCUUUUUGGCCAGAAUUUGUCGGGCUUGCCGAAUGAGCGCCAAGCCAUCCUAUGCCCCGAUGGAUCCGGAAGUGCAGUUCAGCUUCACAUUGGUGGAGCACCUCUCCUUCCACGCUUUUUUUGCCGGCAUGACCUGCUUAGGUUUGAUGACCGACAGCUUCAGUGUGGUAACAGGCAGCAGCUGGGAACUUUACGUUCUCUUUGUGGGUGCCCAAACCGCAAGUAAUGUGCUGGAAGCCUUGUAUUGGGCAGUCUACUUACCAGCUGACGCAGGUGUACCAGCGUUUGGCUGGCCAGUGGUGAGCUCAGUGCUCCCAGUGUUGGGAGAACCGUUGGACACUUGCAAGGAUUAUUUCUUUGCCGGGAUUGCCUUGAGCACAGGCACUUGGCAAGGGUACUUAUUUGCCUCAAUUGCCGUAGGCAUUCUCGUCUUUUCCAACAUCUACCUAAGCACCAAGCACAAGCACGCACUGGGCAGAGACUUAUUAGCUGUCAGAAAAGUUUGUUUUCCAAGCAAAACCGAAGGCUUUCUGGCCACACAAACUUCUCCCACGAAGCUCGCCAUCGCUUUAAGCGAAGACCUGCCACAGGCAGUGUUACAAUCACUGUUUGUGUUAACCUGUGGCGGAAGCCCGACGCAAUACGCCUUCAUAGGUCUGAGCAUCACGAAGAUUAUAUGCUGCCUUUCUCUGCGGGCAAUAGCCCUCCGACAGGAUGACCGACAUGGAGAAGCGUCAGCAACCAACGUCGAAUUGUACCAGAUGAUGGUCUUUGCGCUGUCCUUCGUGGUCGGGCCUCAGCACUCCUGGAUGCUCAUAGUGAAAUUCUGGCUGGCAUCGAGCUUGGGCGAGGUUGGGCGACUCCAGGAAGCCCUGGCGAUGUAUCAAGAAGUCUUGGAGGUGAGGAGGUCGGUCUUGGGGCCCAGACAUCCCAGCACACUCACAACACAGCACGAUGUGGCAUUCAGCCUGGACAAUGUUGGGCGACACCAGGAAGCCCUGGCGAUGUUUCAAGAAGUCUUGGAGGUGAGGAGACAGGUUUUGGGGCCCAGGCAUCCCAGCACACUCCUAACACAGGACCGUGUGGCAUUCAGCCUGCUGGGUGAGGUUGGGCGACGCCAGGAAGCCCUGGCGAUGCUACAAGAAGUCUUGGAGGUGCAGAGACAGGUUUUGGGGCCUAGACAUCCCGACACACUCGCAACACAGAACCAUGUGGCAUUCAGCCUGUACAAGCUCGGGCGACACCAGGAAGCCCUGGCGAUGUAUCAAGAAGUCUUGGAGGUGCAGAGACAGGUUUUGGGGCCUAGACAUCCCGACACACUCACAACACAGAACAAUGUGGCAUUCAGCCUGGACAAGCUUGGGCGACACCAGGAAGCCCUGGCGAUACUACACGAAGUCUUGGAGGUGAGGAGGUCGGUCUUGGGGCCCAGACAUCCCAGCACACUCACAACACAGCACAAUGUGGCAUCCAGCCUGGGCAAUGUUGGGCGACACCAGGAAGACCUGGCGAUGUCUCAAGAAGUCUUGGAGGCGAGGAGACAGGUUUUGGAGCCCAGGCACCCCAGCACACUCCGAACACAGCACCGUGUGGCAUUCAGCCUGGGUGAGGUUGGGCGACGCCAGGAAGCCCUGGCGAUGCUACAAGAAGUCUUGGAGGUGCAGAGACAGGUUUUGGGGCCUAGACAUCCCGACACACUCGCAACACAGCACAAUGUGGCAUCCAGUUUGGGCGAGGAAAAGCCACAAGUGCCGAAUGUGAUCAAGGCCUUUUACCAGUCUUUUCCUGCGAGGAAGAGACUGGUGAAGAGGCUCCGUUCAACAGCCCGCAGCAGGACAAUUUUGUCUCUGACUUGACUUUAGCCAAGCGAUGCCACCGAUGAGCAAAAAAAGA